AUGACACAUGCACUGAAGGCAAAUAUAUGGACUUACCUGGGAAACUUCUCCAACUACUGGCGAGAUAACGCAGUGCUGGUCUCACUUGGUGCGAAGUACAUCUCCAAAAUGUUCAUUCCACUAGCAUUCAAACACAUGGGUAACCACUCGAAUGAAGAGCGACUCCAUGGAUGGAUUAAGAAUAUGAAACAUUUGGGAAACAUUCUCGACGCAAAAUUAAGGGGUUGGGUACAAGAUGUACAAUACAUCAGCGAGGUGAUAGUGAACUACACCAUAGAAGAAAACAAGGACUGGCCUGGGGUUUAUAUAAUAAGGCGACCACUAUUGAAUGAUGGCCUACUGGACUACCAUGAACAACACCCAUUCUUACUUGACAACUUCAGCGCAAUAUGUAAGGAUCAAGAGCCAAAAGCAUCAGAAAUGUUUGGUCUCGCUGACGCUCUGUACUCGCUCUAUGGUUCCUUCAAAUUCAACAGUCUACCACAUUUUCCUUUUCACGAAGUUAAUACAUCAGUUCGAGAAAUGGGAUUCAAGAACCGUUGUGGGUAUCCUGAUUUACAUCUGCUAUUUCCAAUUUCGUGCUAG